AUGACCAUCGGAGCGGCUCAUGGGACCAACAGGAAAUACCUCGAUCACAUACGCCGCACGCCGGGGCCCUUUACCGACCCAGAUGCAACCUCUGAGGAGUUUCUGGCCCAGUUUGAAAAGGUCAAGGUGCUCGGUGCGGGUGGCUUAGGCUGCGAGAUAUUGAAAAACUUGGCCAUGUCCAAGUUCAAGGACAUUCAUGUAAUCGACAUGGACACCAUUGACAUCUCCAACUUGAACAGGCAGUUUCUCUUCCGCAGCUCCGACGUCGGCAAAUACAAAGCCGAAGUAGCCGCCAGAUUUGUCGAGUCCCGUGUGAGGGGCGUCUCCAUCACGGCGCACAACAACAGGAUCCAGGACUUUGACGACAGCUUCUACAAGCAGUUCCAGCUCGUAGUCUGCGGGCUGGACUCGAUAGAAGCCAGGCGGUGGAUCAAUGCCAUGCUCGUCUCCAUGGCCGAGGAGUCGGAAAACGAUGCCGACGGCGUCAAGCCGCUUAUCGACGGCGGUACGGAAGGCUUCAAGGGCCAGGCGCGCGUCAUCCUGCCCUCCAUCACGUCCUGCAUCGAGUGCCAGCUGGACAUGCACGCCCCAAGAGCCGCCGUGCCGCUCUGCACGAUCGCCUCGAUCCCGCGCCAGCCCGAGCACUGCGUCGAAUGGGCCCACGUCAUCGCGUGGGAGGAGGAGAAGCCGUUCCCCGAGCUGGACAAGGACGACCCGCAACACAUCGCCUGGCUGUACCAGAAGGCGCUCGCGCGCGCGCAGCAGUUUGGCAUUUCCGGCGUGACCUACUCCCUCACCCAGGGGACCGUCAAGAACAUCAUCCCCGCCAUCGCUUCCACCAACGCCAUCGUCGCCGCGGCCUGCUGCAACGAGGCCUUCAAGAUCGCCACCAACUCGGCGCCCUGCCUGGGCUUUGAAAACAACUACAUGAUGUACUCUGGAAACGACGGCAUCUACACCUACACCUUCAAGCACGAGAGGAAGGAAGACUGUCCCGUCUGCGGCCGCCAGGCCCGGCCGCUGCCAGUCAACCCCAGCACGACGCUCCAAGAGCUUCUGGAUUCCUUUGCUGCCCGCCCGGAAGCGCAGCUGAAGAAGCCGUCGAUCCGAGCCGAGAGCAAGACGCUUUACAUGCAGCACCCCCCUGGACUGGAGGAGCAAACGCGGCCCAAUCUCGCCAAGUCCAUCUUGGACCUGGGUCUGGAGGACGGGCAGCAAGUUGUCGUGACGGAUCCGGCAUUUCCUCUAGAGUUUAACUUUUAUCUGAAGUUCAAGAUUUGA